AUGUUAUACGGAGUUGGCAAGGGUUUCUUCACUCCCUUCAUUAACCAAAACGAAAAUACAUUGCAACCCGUGCCUUUUUUUCAAUAUCUACUUGAUCAUCCAGAUGAUGAAAUUGUUCAAGUUGAAAUGAAAUAUAACAAUGUUCUCAUCAGAUCACAAAUGGGACAAGUUCUCGGGUGUGGAUUGAAUUCGUUCGGAGAGUUGUUACAACCCCAAGAUCGUCAGAUGAAACGAUUUCCAGUGCCCAUCUUCAAGAAGGGUAUUAGACAUUGUGCUCUAGGUUAUCAAUGUUCAAUUUUCUUGGAUUUUGAUGGAAUUGUUUCUUGGUACUAUGAUGGAAGAGUUUUUAAACUUGACGGGUUGAAACUUGGAUUGGAAAAAGUGACAAUUAUUGGAGAUACACCUUUUGCAAUUGCAAAAUACAAGUCUUUUAGAGUGAAAUCGACAGGUUUUGUUGAUUGUACUCAACCAAAGGGAAAUGAAGAACCUGCUUUUUACUUUAAUAGGGGAUCAAUGAAGUACAAGUAUGAGAAAAAGUAUGGCAUGAUUACUUUGUCUGGGAGUAGUUUACCUCAUUUCUUCUAUGAGCAUUGUUAUGGAUCUGUACAUUUCAACAGUGUUAAUUCAAAGAUAAUCAAAGUAGAGGCAUCUGAAACUCAUUUAGUCAAUUUACAUUUUGACAAAUACUUGACAUCGUUUGGAAGUAAUCAAUUUGGAAAACUUGGAAUUGGGAGUACUGCACAAAAUCACUUUAUUUCACAUGAGGCAGUUGGUGAUGACAAUUUCGAACGGCUCUAUUUAGAUUUUGACAAUAGUUUGGAAUUGGAUGUGUUUGUAGGCCCUUUAUGUACAGUUGCAGUUACAUAUUCCAACCAGAAAACAACAAUUGAUUAUCAUGCAAAAUCCUUGCUACAUAAUUUAGUGGUUAUCAAUGAGGAAAUUGAGGACGAACCAUAUCUUCAAGUUUACUUUCCACUCAUUGAAAUUAUUUCACCAGACCUUUGUAAAGUGUUCAAAAAUGAAAAAUUGAUCAAAGGUCUCUCACGUGAUGAGCUGGUAUUAUCUAGAGAAUUAAUCAUAUACAUUUGUGAAGUGAUUCCUUAUAUUAAUUCUGGGAAACAGUCUUGUAUUGACAUUUUUCAUGAAGAUAACUUUCUCUCCAAGUACUUUGAUGAUAUCAAGAGUUUGACAUUAUUUUUAUUUUUAUUGAAUGAUGUUCGAGAUUGUGGAAUUGAUUUGAAAGAGACCAUAUUUUCCAAACUGUCUACUUUCAUUCAAGUAGAAAAUGUCAUGCAAAUAAUUGACCAAAUUUCUGAUUAUUUGUCGAGAAAGGUUCUUAAAAAUUCUCACAAUUCAAUUCUCAUGCUACUUGUAAAGAAAUGCAUUGCCUUUAUUAAGAGUAAUUAUACUCAAGUUCGAUAUCUUCACGGAGCUGAUGAAAAAUUACUUAAACUUUCCUCAAGAAUUGAAGAAUCCAAACAAUCAUUUCAAUCAAUAGAAGUGACAUGGAAUGAAGAGAUUUUCACACAAGUUUUUUCAUUGUCAGAUGCUAUUCUGUUGUGUUCACAGCAUAAUUAUGAUUGUACUCUAAUAAUUGAUGAUAAGGGAACUGAAAUUCAGGUCAAUAAGCAAAUAGUAACAAAAUCGAGUCCAGUUCUUGCAGUAUAUUUUGAAAAGUAUUCAUCAAGUAGGAUUUCUUAUGAUGUUUUUGAAUUUGUAAAGAGUGAGGAAAUUGGAGCAGAAACUGAAAAAAUAGAAGCUAUUCGAAUUCUUCUUUCAGAAGCUUGUAAUUGUAAUUAUUCAAAUUUAAGGCUGUGUAGUGAUCAGACAUUUAUUUACAUUCUUUCAAUGAGCCAUAUAUUUGAAAUGAAGGAAAUUAUGAGGGAAUGUUGCAAGAUCAUGUUAAGUGAGAGAUUGAAUUCAUCCAAUCAAGAGUCGUUCCUUGCCCUCUCACCAAUUUAUGACGACGAUACAAAUAUGAGAUUGUUGGUAUUCUUAUUGAAAAAUCUUUCAAAGGUAUCAUCAAUAGCCAAAGUUUUACCUCGUCAAUGGGAGGAAAAAUUAGAAGAUUAUGCACAUAUGGUAAAUUGUGAAAAUGGUGUUCCAGCAUGGAUGUCUGUAAAUCUACCAAAGGAAAGCUUGACUGAGGAAGAACUAAUGUCCACAAUUAGUUUUAUUACCCAGUAUGAGGGACCAGAAGAAUAUGAUAGAAGCUCUGAAAUUAGAAGAAGAUGA